CAGAAAAACCCCUACAAACAACGAUGUGGUCUGUUCUACGCGCCGGAGCUCUCUCAUCUUCGUCUUCCCACAUCACUAACCAGUUCAGAAACCUCUCAUCUUCUUCAUCGAUCGUCGCUCGCGGUUUCUCCUCUUCCGCCAUUGAUGGAGACGAUAGCAACACCAUUACGAAGGAAAGCGAGAUGCUGAGUCUGUCGGAAGUUCAGAAAAUCCUCGCCGAUGUCGGCGCCGACGACGUCAAAGUUAUCCCGGCUCCCACUCGCUGCGAGUUCACCGAUUACAUGGUCAUCGCCACCGGCCGAUCUCCCUGGCACGUGCGCAAUAUCUCUCAAGCCCUAGUUUGGCAAGUUAAGCAGAAGCAGAGAGGAGCAAAAAGGAUGUUGCUGCCUACUGUGGUGGGGGAAGAGGGAGGGAAGUGGAUUGUCGUCGACUCUGGUCCGCUGAUCAUUCACGCUGUAGAUGAAAAGGCGAGAGCUUAUUACAACUUUGAGGGUCUUUGGAAUAAGAACACAUCGGACACAGAAGAAAUUCCGGAUUUCGCGAAGGCAUUCGUCAAGGUUCGUCGGAAGAAUAACUCCAAGAAACGACCACAGGCACAACGAUAGGUUUAGAGGCUUCACUUAAUAGAGACAUUAUUCUUCACUCCAAUAAAUUUACGUAGAGCCAUUGGAUUUGGAGGAUCGGGUUUUAGUGGUUUCCAUUGAUUUAUGUUUUGGUUAAAAGUUUGCUGAAUUGAAAACAUUAUUGAGUAACGCUAAAUCUUUCCGUAACCGGUAGAAUGUUCGAUGCUUGAGCUGGUUUUUUCAUGUCUGAUAAGAUGGUUAUUAGCUAGAAUAAAUGAUUGAAGAGAAAUCUUCCAUUUUUGUUUUCUU